AAAAAUAAAUAAAUAAAUAAUAGAGGUUACCUCAAAUUUAAAAAUUAGGGUCUUAUCUUCGAUGAACAACAAUUAGAGCAAUAUAUAUUAGGAAAAUGUUCCUACCUGAAUGAUAAGACUGAUAAGAUCUACUUUAUGUACUUUUUAAUACCUGGCCAGAUUAUAAAUGCUCGAAGAAAAUGUUGAAAAUUCAUAUAUUCUAACAAAAUGUUCAAGACUAUCAAGAGAACUAAAGAAAUAGUAAUAUUUGCAGGAUGUAUGUUAAUAUUGUUAUUUAUAAUCUCCAAAUUCAUUGGUAGAAGAGACAGUGGCUCAAUAGAUAAUGAGGAAUUCUCCCUAGUAGAUAGUACUUUAGAUAUAAAAAAUAAUGAGCAAAUGCUGUUGGCAGCUGCAAAAAGAAUUCAAGAAUUGGAAGAAAAAAUUGCAAUCCUUGAAAAACAAAUACCAAGAAUUUAUCCUGACGUUAGAUAUUUAAAUUACUUGUCUCGGAAAAGAAUCUUAAUAACAGGAGGGGCUGGCUUUGUAGGAUCUCAUUUAGUUGAUAAAUUGAUGAAGGAAGGACAUGAAGUUAUUGUUGUUGAUAAUUUUUUCACUGGUAGAAAACAAAACAUUGAACACUGGAUAGGUCAUGAGAAUUUUGAAAUGAUACAUCAUGAUAUUGUCCACCCACUUUAUAUUGAAGUAGAUGAAAUUUAUCAUUUAGCAAGCCCUGCAAGUCCACCACAUUAUAUGCAAAAUCCAGUGAAAACUAUAAAGACUAAUACUGUUGGGACCAUAAAUAUCUUAGGUUUGGCUCGGAGGGUCAAUGCUAAAGUUUUGAUUGCAAGUACGUCUGAGGUAUAUGGAGAUCCAGAUAUUCACCCUCAACCUGAAACCUACUGGGGACAUGUUAAUCCAAUUGGCCCAAGAGCUUGCUACGAUGAAGGAAAAAGAAUCUCUGAAACCUUGACAUAUGCUUAUGCACAACAAGAGAACAUGCAAGUUAGGGUUGCAAGAAUAUUCAAUACUUAUGGUCCUCGUAUGCAUAUGAAUGAUGGGAGAGUUGUUUCAAAUUUUAUACUCCAAGCACUGAAAAGUGAAGUGAUCUCGAUAUAUGGAUCUGGAGAUCAAACAAGAUCAUUUCAAUAUAUAACUGAUUUGGUAGAAGGAUUAGUGCUCCUGAUGAAUUCAAACUUCACACAGCCUGUGAAUCUGGGUAAUCCCGUAGAACAUACGAUAAAAGAAUUUGCAGAAAUAAUCAAAGAUCUUGUUGGAGGUAACAGUAAAAUUGUUCAUAUAGCAGGAGUACAAGAUGAUCCACAAAGGAGAAAACCAGAUAUAAAUAGAGCCAAAAAGUAUUUGAAUUGGGAACCAAAAGUGAAUUUAGGUAUUGGCCUCCAGAAAACUGUGACCUACUUCAAAGAGGAACUGAGAAAGUUUAGGCAUUCACAGAGGAGCAAAUUUGUGAAGACCUGAGUAAUAAACCUUUUUGCAAUGUUUAAACCGAAGCUAGGUUAAUAUAAUGAGUCUUUUUGUAUGCAAUUUAUUUUUAAUUUAAUGGAAAAAUUGAAUUUUAGCAAUUCACAUCUCAAGUUCAGGAAUGUUACUAUUAUUAUGACACUUAAAAAACUAUUUCGAUGAAUGUUUUAAAGAAUCUUCACAUUUUUUUGCCUGGUGCCUUCAACAAUCUUAAUUUGUAUGAUAAAUUAUUUGCAUUUUGUCUGAAACUUGUAAUAUACAAAUCCUUUUUGUAAAUAUAUAUUAGAAAAAUUA